GGCAGCGUUCCUGAAUAUGGAAUAAUAACGCUGUGUACCCGUAUUCGCAAUGGGAAAAUAAAUCAUCUAUUCAGCAAUCUAAUUCUAAUUCAACACAGAUACACGUGAAUUACUUAUGCUGCGAUUUAGUUUUUCUUUUCUUGUUUAUGUUAUGAGACGAAACUUUGACGAGUUUGUAUAAGUAGAUAAUUACAGCAAGUAUGCAUUUUCCAUGUGCGAUGUGUAAAUACUUCGUCAAAUGCACUUACAGGAUCAACCGUCUAUUUGGAUCCCAGGAAUAAUAAAGUGUUAAUUAAUUGAGAUGUUCUCGACUCAGUCGGGGGAGAUCUCAUCACCUUGCGGCUCGACGUAGAGACCACACGCUUCUUUAGGUGAAGUAAUCGGGGUUAGUGUGUCACUCACGCAAAACCAUGCAUCCCCUCGGCACGCUCACACCUUAGGAUUUUGGGAUAGACAGGAAGACUGUGGAGAAGAGUAAGAAGUUUCAGAUACGGCUAUUACGAACAACAGUUUUUAAUAAGUAAAGAAUAUCAGAAGGUAAGAUGAUCUGCAUACCUCCUAUAUUCAAGGCCUACCUUCCACAAAUCUACGCGGCUUCAGUAGCAUCCUCGGUUUACGCGUGCGUCGGUUUAGGAAUUUCUUAUUCUGCAGUGGUCAUCCCACAAGUUAAAAAUGGUACCGCUGCAAUCGAGGCUACGGACACAGAACUGAUGUGGAUAGUUAACAGCAUCAAUGUCGUGAUUCCCGCACUAGCAAUAUUCAGUGGUUUCGCAACCGAUUUUUUUGGUAGAUUGUGGGUUUUAAAAUUUACAGUUCUACCACACGUUGUUGGAUAUGCUACCAUAGCUUUGGCAAAAUCUGUCACCGUUAUCAUCAUUGGAAGGACAAUUUGUGGAGUAGCUCUAGUUUUUCAAAUUGGAUCAACUUUUGUCUAUAUAUCCGAAAUUAGUUCCCCCAGUGUAAGGGGUCCCUUAUUGGGAUUUCCGAUUGUAAGCUUUUCAAUCGGAACAGUGUCAACGUACCUUGGCGGAUAUUUAAUGUCGUGGUCUGUGAUGUCGUGGGUAUUCUGCGCUUAUGGCAUUAUAUGUACCAUCUUAUUGUAUACUUUACCGUUGAGCCCUUCUUGGUUAAUCUCGAAAAAUCGUAUAGACGAAGCUGAGAGGUCAGUGAGGUGGCUAAAUAAAUUUCAAGCGAGCGACCAGGAAUCGAUUGACAAUAUUGUGAAGCUGGAGAUGUUAAAACUGGAGGAAGAAGAAGAAAAUAACAAGAAAAACGUGAUUGAUAAGAACAAAUGGAAAUGUAUUUCUUUGCCAACUGUGUAUAAACCUGCCUUGAUUUUAGCGUUUACGUUGCUCCUGCAACAGUUUUCCGGAGUGAAUACUUUUUUCAUGAAUAUGGUCAGCUUCUUUAACGAAAUUGGAACGGACAUGGAUCCUUAUUUAGGCUCAACGUACAUAUCAACUGGUCGUUUGAUAACAACGCUGAUUAGCGUGUUAAUUAUGAAGAAAUGUGGAAGACGUACUUUGCUCGCAGUUAGCUUCAUUGGAAUGGCCAUUUCAAUGGGAGUUUCUGGGUUAUAUACCAAAUGGAUUCAUGACGGCACCACCGAAAACUCUUACAUUCCUUUAAUAAUGCUGACUCUGUAUUGCAUUUUCACCGUAGGUGCUAUGGCUGUACCAUAUGCAUUGUCGGGCGAAACCUUUCCCUUGCACGUUCGCGGUUUAGCAGCGAAUAUUUGCCAAGGUCUCGUAUAUCUGUUUACAUUUGCUUGCGCUUCCAGUUACCCACACCUACAAGACGCUCUUGGUGGCAUACAUCAUCUUCAGUAUUUCUUCGCCGCAGUUGCGAUACUUGGGGCUGUGUUUACUUAUUUUUUUAUUCCAGAAACGUUAAAUAAGAGAUUAUCGGAAAUUGAGUCGCAUUUUGUGACACGCACUUUUGCUAUAACAAAACCUAGUAUAUGUCAGGGCCAGCCCGCCUCAAAUCAGUAAAAUAGUAUUCUACAAUGAAUGUACCAAAAAUAAAAAGUAAAAUAUACUAUGUCGACGUGGAAUUCGUAAUGAACUUGUUAGCUACUGCGUAAAACUGAUUUUUGAUUAAUAGAUUCAAUUGUUGAACGAAUGUAAGCAAUUUUUUCAGAAGAAUUUACCGAAAUAUGCCUAGGAAAGAAACGUUAUUUCG